AUGCACUGGUUGCGUGUCGAUCUGCUCCGCUGGGACCAUGUCUCAACCCUGACGCCCUUUGCGCCGUUCGAUGUCAUCCUCGACAAAAGCACCAGUGAUGCGAUUGCGACGUUCAGCGACCAGGAGGUAUCAUUGAAGAAUGCAGAGAUCUGUCCAACUGUGCGAGAGGUGGCUGGUGCGAACGAUAGGACCACUCUGUCUCCGGUGGAGUUGCUAGCCUUGAACCUGGUUCCCUUGACACGUCCCAACACGACCUGGAUCACGCUGUCGUACUCGACGCUACGGUUCGAUCACCUCCCCGGUCUGGAGAAAUACUGGCAUCUUCGAUCUCGCACGGCACUACAGGCACCCGCAGGUCCUGUUUCCACCCCAGCUCACACCCCGGCGGUGUUCCAUUGGGUUUACAUCCUGGACCGUAAAUGA